GGGCGGUUCCCCUCCUCCCCUCCAUGCGAGCAGUUUCUCGAAAUCCCGUCAGCGAAGGGCUGCCGAGAGAGGUGGACCCGUGGCCGGGCCGGGAACAUGAGGCAGCGUCUCCUCUUCCUGGCCAGCUUGGUUCCUCUCAUGCUGGCGCUGCGACCCCCGGACGCGUCGGGCUCCGGCUCCCACCAGCGACUCGAGAGGCUGGAUUCUUUGCUCUCAGACUACGAAGUCCUCUCUGUAUCUAGUAUCCAGCAGCACUCCGUAAGGAAAAGGGAUCUCCAGGCUUCAACGCGUUUAGAAACGCUGCUAACAUUUUCAGCUUUGAGAAGGCAUUUUAAAUUGUAUCUGACAUCAAGUACUGAGCGCUUUUCACAAAAUUUCAAAGUUGUGGUGGUGGAUGGUGAAGCAGAAAGCGAGUAUGCAGUGAAAUGGCAGGACUUCUUCAGCGGCCAUGUAGUCGGUGAGCCUGACUCUAGGGUCCUGGCCCAUAUAGGAGAUGAUGAUGUUACAAUAAGGAUAAACACAGAUGGGGCAGAGUAUAACAUAGAGCCACUUUGGAGAUUUGUCAAUGAUACUAAAGACAAAAGAAUGCUAGCGUACAGAUCUGAAGACAUCAAGAAUGUUUCACGCUUGCAGUCUCCCAAAGUGUGUGGUUAUGUAAAAGUGGAUGACGGGGAGUUGAUUCCAAAAGGGCUGAUAGACACAGACCCUCCUGAAGAGUUUGUCCAUCGGGUGAAGAGAAGAGCUGACCCAAAUCCCAUGAAGAACACAUGCAAACUCCUGGUGGUUGCAGAUCAUCGCUUCUACAAGUACAUGGGCCGAGGGGAGGAGAGCACCACGACCAAUUACCUGAUAGAGCUAAUUGACAGAGUUGAUGACAUCUAUCGGAAUACUUCGUGGGAUAAUGCAGGUUUUAAAGGUUACGGAAUACAGAUAGAGCAGAUUCGCAUUCUCAAGUCUCCGCACGAGGUCAGACCUGGUGAAAGGCACUAUAACAUGGCCAAGAGUUUCCCGAGUGAAGAGAAGGAUGCGUGGGAUGUGAAGACGCUGCUGGAGCAAUUUAGCUUCGAUAUAGCCGAGGAAGCAUCAAAAGUCUGCCUGGCCCAUCUUUUCACGUACCAAGAUUUUGACAUGGGAACGCUCGGCCUGGCCUAUGUGGGUUCUCCCAGAGCAAACAGUCACGGAGGGGUCUGCCCAAAGGCUUAUUAUAGUCCAGUUGGGAAGAAAAAUAUCUAUUUGAAUAGUGGUUUGACAAGCACAAAAAAUUAUGGAAAAACCAUCCUUACAAAGGAAGCAGACCUGGUCACCACUCAUGAACUGGGGCACAACUUUGGAGCAGAACACGAUCCAGACGGCCUACCUGAAUGCGCACCGACUGAGGACCAGGGUGGAAAAUAUGUGAUGUACCCCAUCGCCGUGAGUGGCGACCACGAGAACAACAAGAUGUUUUCUAACUGUAGUAAGCAGUCCAUCUACAAGACCAUCGAGAGCAAGGCCCAGGAGUGCUUCCAGGAGCGCAGCAACAAGGUGUGCGGCAACUCCCGGGUGGACGCAGGGGAGGAGUGUGACCCUGGAAUCAUGUACCUCAACAACGACAGCUGCUGCAACAGUGACUGCACGCUGAAGCCAGGUGUGCAGUGCAGUGACAGAAACAGUCCGUGCUGUAAGAACUGCCAGUUCGAGACGGCCCAGAAGCGGUGCCAAGAAGCCAUCAACGCGACCUGCAAGGGUGUGUCCUACUGCACAGGGAACAGCAGCGAGUGCCCCCCACCCGGCAACGCGGAGGAUGACACAGUGUGCUUGGAUCUGGGCAAGUGCAAGGACGGGAAGUGCAUCCCGUUCUGCGAGCGUGAGCAGCAGCUGGAGUCCUGCGCGUGCAACGAAACCGACAACUCGUGCAAGGUGUGCUGCAGGGACCUUUCCGGCCGCUGUGUGCCCUACGUUGAUGCUGAGCAGAAGAACUUGUUUCUGAGGAAAGGGAAGCCGUGCACAGUGGGCUUCUGUGACGUGAACGGCAAAUGUGAGAAACGGGUCCAGGACGUGAUUGAGCGGUUCUGGGACUUCAUUGACCAGCUGAGCAUCAAUACCUUUGGCAAGUUCUUAGCAGACAACAUCGUGGGGUCUGUCCUGGUUUUCUCCUUGCUGUUCUGGAUUCCCUUCAGCAUUCUGGUCCAUUGUGUGGAUAAGAAGCUGGAUAAGCAGUAUGAGUCUCUGUCCCUGUUUCACCCCAGCAACGUGGAAAUGCUGAGCAGCAUGGAUUCAGCGUCCGUGCGCAUCGUCAAGCCCUUCCCUGCGCCGCAGACCCCGGGCCGCCUGCAGCUACUGCCACCAGGCCCUGCAGUGCCGCCGGUGUCUGCAGCCCCAAAGCUGGAGCACCAGAGGAUGGACACCAUCCAGGAAGACCCUAGCACAGACUCGCACGCCGACGAGGAUGCCCCAGACAAGGACCCCUUCCCCACGGGCAGCACAGCCGCCAAGUCCUUUGAGGACCUCACAGACCACCCAGCCACCCGGAGCGAGAAGGCCGCGUCGUUCAGGCUGCAGCGGCAGAGCCGCGUGGACAGCAAAGAGACGGAGUGCUAGUGCCGGUCCAGCUGCUGAGCUGUGCUUCACAGCUGACCUGAAAGCACAGCACCCACCUUGGCAGGGCUACGCGGGCAGGAUGCAGCUCACGAUGCAGCCACGCCGUCACUCCUGUUGCUUUGAAGAGGUGAGGGGCUCUGGCUUGCGCAGGGCCGUCAGGUUCUUUUCAGCAAGCUGUGGCGCGGAGAAUGCAGGUCAGGGUCAGCACAUGCGGUUUAGUAAACGUGACCCUUCUACUGAUGACAGCACCGGGCGAUACUUGUGAUCGUGGGCAUUUAGCAGUUAUCCUGGAGGACAACUGGAACUUUGUCUUCAAGGAGAGGAAAAGAGAUAAACCUGGUGAUUCAUUACCACCGCACUGGUGUUACCCGGAGCUUUGCGGCAGCCCGGAAGCCAGUCCUGUCUGGAGUUCGGAUCUGGCCUGUGGGACACACACGCUUGCCGACCCCAGCUUGCUGGCCAGUUCCGCCUACUCUGGGCCUGUUCACCUAGCUGUCCCCUGCUCUUCCACUUUUUAUGUUUUGAGCUCUGGUCUCGCUGUGUCACCCAGACUGGCUCCCACAUAGCUGGGAUUGCACUCCGCCUCCUGCUCCUGGAUCUGGUACCACAAACAAACGGAUCCAGAGUGAACGAGUGGCUGUGAGCCAAAGGCGACGUCAGCCCCUCUGGUCUCCGUGACUCUUGCCCAGAGGCUCUCUGAGCCACACUGGAGGAGCAGCAGUUGCAGCUGCGCUGAGUCCCAGCGGUGCUAAGAGCUUUUUUCCCAAGCCCUGCAGUGUGCUGCCCCCCCAGGGAGUUCCACAGAGACAAGGCGGGCCUGUGACGCGCGCCUUUCUCUGGAGACCCUUUGUUACACAGACAUCGUUACACUAAUAACUUGGACCUUGCGGCCCUUUGCUUUCCUGUCUAGACACGGUGUUCUUGUAUUUCAGUUACUCCAAGGCGAGUGGGGCAGGUGUAUGUGUGACAGGUCUCAGCAGAACGGAAGGAAACCAGUUUUUAUAAAAUUGUAACUUUUUAAAAAAAGAAA